UUAGAACCUCAAUUACUUUUGGCAUGUGGUCUCAGUGGCAACCUACUGUAAUUAAUUGGCUAAUUAUAUGGCAGUGAUUGUACUUAAUUUAAAAAUUAUAAACAAAAUGUUGCACUCCAGAGAUCUGCUUCCUGAAUGCCAUUAAAACAUGAAACUGUGUUAAUAUUGAUUGUUAAUAGUGCCUAACUCCACUGACUUUUAAACUAAAAAAAACCAUUAAGCUGAGUCCUUGGCUGGCCCAGUGCCGCUGAUCAAUGCCAUGUAGCAUCCAAAAAGGAGAAAUUCAAAAUCAAAGCUGUCGCUAUAGCAACGCCCCUGCCAGAUUCCACCAAUCAAUGGAGCCCGUGGGGUUGCGAUGUGCGCCAGGGAAAGGCCAGCGUCCUACAUAAAGAGUGCAGGACAGGGAGCCGGGCGGCACACACGGGGCAACACACCUUACUGCGCACACGCAACAAAGCCACAGCAGCAAGAAGAAGAGUCAGGAGAAGAGUGGCACAGAGUGAGGAAGAGAGGGGGGAAAGGACAAAGGAAGAGAGGCAGGGAGUAACUGAGAAGAAAUGGUACGCUCAUGUGAACAAGGGAUCCCUGCCCGGGUCUAUGUGGGCACCCUGCUCCUCUUAAUCCACUUCCACUCUGUCACAGUUACAGGAGCUGCCUUGAAACAGGACAUAGGACUGGACAGUGUGGCCACGGUGCUGAAUCACUCCAUGAGUUUGGUGCAGCGUAUGGAGACCCUGCUGGCCAUGGGGAACGGCAGUGAUGUCAAUCUCCGUGUGCAGACCAUCAACACAGACGAGGUGAAGGUGAUCCAAGCCCAUAGCCUGGUUCUCACACUGCAGAGUGACGUGUUUGAGGAACUGCUGCUCACCCGCAACAACAGCGCUCUGGUUUUGAGGGAAACGCCCGAUUGUGCAGCUGUCUUUGACAAGUUUGUCAGGUAUCUGUACUGUGGUGACAUCUCAGUGCGGCUAGAUCAGGCCAUUUCCCUGCACAAGUUGGCCAGCAAGUACCAUGUGUGGGGUUUGCAACAGGGUCUGACCCAGUAUAUGACCCAACAUCUGUCCAGUGAUUCACCCUCAGGCCAUGUGAUCGGCUGGUACAACUAUGCACUGCAAAUUGGGGACAUGGCGCUGCGGGACAGCUGCCUGCAGUACCUGUCCUGGAACCUGUCUUCUGUGCUGCAGAGCGGAGAAUGGGGCUCAAUCAGUGAAGACCUGCUCCUCUCCUUGCUUCAGCGCUCUGACCUCAUUCUGCAGAGUGAGCUGGAGCUCUACGAGGCCCUGGAGGCCUGGAUUAGCCAGAACCAGCCUGUCAGUGCAACAGUGGAAAGUGCCCUUAGGGCUGUUCGAUACGGCAUGAUCCCCCCUCAGCAGCUCUUCCGUCUUCAGAAACAGUCCCCGCUCAUGCUGAAGUAUUACGAGUCUAUCCGUGAUCUACUCUAUCUAGCUUUCCAGUUUCACUCUGCCUCACCUAUCCAACUGGCCAAAUACUUUGAUGUCAACUGCAGUAUUUUCAUUCCCCGUAACUAUUUGUCCUCCUCCUGGGGUUCCCCCUGGGUCAUUAAUAACCCCACCCGUGAUGACCGCAGUUUCAGCUUUCAGACCCAGCUCGGGCCCAGUGGUCAUGACUCCAGUAAGAGAGUGACCUGGAACGCCCUGUUCUCCCCUCGUUGGCUCCCACUCAGUGCCAGGUCAACGUAUACUGAGCUUGGUGCCAUGCAGCCUACCCGCACAGAUGGCGGUCGACCUCGCAUCAUUGUAACACCAGCCACUUCUAGCCCAGACUUUGCCGGUGUCAGUUUCCAAAAGACGGUGAUUGUGAUGACAAGACAGCAAGGAAAAGUGGUGGUUCGCCACGUCUAUAACUUCCACCAAAGUACAGAGGAGGCCGGGGAUUUCCUGUUGGAUGCUGACCUGCAGCGUCGCUCAUCAGAGUACCUAAUUGACAGCUCACUCUAUCUGCACAUUGUAAUAAAACCUAUCUACCAUACUCUCCUAGUUGCUAGGAAGUAAAGGUGGGAAUUUGGUCUGGCCCCAUCAUCGGUCAUUCACCCACCAUCACAUGCAUAUAUUCCAAAGUAAACUCAUAUCACAGCACAUGUGUAUGCAGUGACAUCUCCAUUGUUGAGUUGUGCAUUUUGUUGUCUUCCAACUAUUAAGCAAGGAAAUCUUUGGUACAAUAAAGGACUCACAAUUUAACAGCUCAGCUGUGAUUAUCACAAUAAUGAUGAGGGGCUUUUCACUAUUUCAUUCAUACUAAGAAAAAAAACACUAGACUGUACAGUGCUUGUUCAGGUAUUUUAUAGUCUGGCAGUUUGUUUGUUAACUUUAUUAAAUCUGUGUGAUGGUUACAUUGUUUGCAUAGGUGCUAUAGAAAUAUUACUUUAAAAUAAAAACUUCUUGCUACAAAUUUUAUGAAUUUCACUAUUCAGCAGUCAAAUAUAGAUUUUAGGACAUGACACUUAAUUCCAGUUAUGUUUUCUUUUACAUACCAAAAUGUGUACAUUAAAGUGCAAUCCCAUUAUCUGUGUUCCUUAUAUAACUUACUUGCAAGACAGUGACGACUGUAAUAGCAGCCCUGUUUUGUUUUUUUAAAUUGUUACAUAAGCAUUUUAUCUAGCUUUUAAUGACUACAUCAGUAUGUGACAC